AUGAUGUUGCGUGAUAAUGAUUGUAAUACCAUUUUAAUAUAUAUAUAUAUAUUUAUAUUUAGAACACCCGAACAAUUUCCUUCGGUAGUUACACUAUUAGCUGAAUCAUAUAAUCCACAUGUACGAUGUGGUGCAGCAAUGGCACUCGGUUUGGCAUGUGCUGGUACAGGCAACAGAGAAGCUAUUGCUGUUCUUGAACCAAUGUUAAAUGAUGCUGUAAAUUAUGUUCGACAAGGUGUUUUAAUUGCAUCCGCACUUAUUUGUAUUCAACAUACUGAAGCAACAUGUCCAAAAGUGAAAAUGUUUCGUGAACAUUAUAUGAAAGUAAUUAGUGAUAAACAUGAUGAUGUUAUGGCAAAAUUUGGUGCCAUUUUAGCUCAUGGAAUUCUUGAUGCAGGUGGUCGAAAUGUAACAGUAUCAUUAUUAACACGUAGUGGUCAAACUGAUACAAUGUCUGUUGUUGGCUUACUUGUUUUUACUCAAUUUUGGUAUUGGUUUCCAUUGAGUCUUUUUCUUUCAUUAGGAUUUUCACCAACAUGUUUAGUAACACUUAAUCAAGAUCUUAAAAUGCCAAAUGUGGAUUAUGUAUCAAAUGCUCCACCAUCCGUAUUUGCAUAUCCACCAGCACUUGUGGAUAAAAAAGAAGAGAAAAAAGAAAAAGUUGAAACAGCCGUUUUAUCCAUAACUGCUAAACAAAAAAAACGUGAUCUUGAAAAGAAAGGUGACAAAUCUGAUGAACCUUCAGCAAUGGAAACUGAUUCUGAUGAGAAAAAAACAACUAAUGCAAAUGUUACUACCACAACUACUACUACUACUGCUGCUGCUGCUACUACUACUGAUGAUACAAAGUCGAAGAAAGAAGGUGAUGACAAGGACAAACCGGUCGCAACAGAAAAAAAAGAUGAAACAACAGUUGCACCUGUCAAAAAAGAGAAAGAAGCUGAUUCUGAAAUACUUCAUAAUCCAACACGAGUAGUAAAAGCUCAACAACGUUUAAUUUCAUUACCAAAAGGAUCACGAUAUCAAUCAAUUAAAGAUAUAACACAUGCUGGAAUUAUUCUUGUAAAGGAUACACAAAUGAAUGAACCGGAAACAUUAGUUGAAUUAGCUAAAGCUGGUGGACCAACAAAAGAAGAAGAUUUACCAGAACCAUCUCCACCUGAACCAUUUGAAUAUCGAGAUGAAUAG